CUUCCGGGUUGCUUCUUCCUCUGGAUGUGGCGGCGAAGUCUCACCGAGUGUCACCGAGUCGAGCUGAGCGGAAGAAGAGCAGCAUGAAGCGGGCGGGCAGCACCGGGCAGCACCGGGCAGCGGACCGGAGUCUGUUCACCCACUGAACCGAGCGUCGGGGCGUCAUGAGCGGACCUGCUGUGUCUCUGAACCCGCGGCAGUGAGUGUGUGAGCGGGCGAACCUGCUGCUAGCUGCCGCUGUUAGCAUUAGCACCGCUGCUCCGUGAGUCUGAAGUUCGAGGAGGAACCAGAGGAACCCAGAGGGAACCAGGAGGAACCAUGGAGAACAAGGUGCAGAUGAGGAAUCACCCCCGGAGGCAGCUGAAGAAGCUGAGCGAGGACAGCCUCACCAAGCAGCCGGAGGAAGUGUUCGAUGUGCUGGAGAAGCUGGGUGAAGGGUCCUACGGCUGCGUGUUUAAAGCCAACUACAAAGAGACGGGGGAGAUCGUGGCCAUCAAGCAGGUUCCUGUGGAGUCGGACCUUCAGGAGAUAAUCAAGGAAAUAUCCAUCAUGCAGCAGUGUAACAGUCCUCACGUAGUGCGUUACUAUGGCAGCUACUUCAAGAACAGUGACCUGUGGAUCGUCAUGGAGUACUGUGGAGCCGGAUCAGUUUCUGAUAUCAUUAGAAUACGCAACAAGACGAUAACAGAAGAAGAGAUCGCCACCAUCCUGCAGGCGACUCUGAAGGGGCUGGAGUAUCUUCACUUCAUGAGAAAGAUCCACAGAGACAUUAAAGCAGGAAACAUCCUGCUGAACUCGGAGGGUCACGCCAAACUGGCCGACUUCGGUGUUGCCGGACAACUCACAGACACCAUGGCGAAGAGGAACACGGUCAUCGGCACGCCGUUCUGGAUGGCUCCAGAAGUGAUACAGGAGAUCGGCUACAACUGCGUGGCCGACAUCUGGUCUCUGGGGAUCACGGCGAUAGAGAUGGCCGAGGGGAAGCCGCCCUAUGCUGACAUUCACCCAAUGAGGGCCAUCUUCAUGAUUCCCACCAACCCUCCUCCAACGUUUCGGAACCUGGAUCUGUGGUCGCCGGCAUUUCAAGAGUUUGUUGGCCAGUGUUUGGUGAAAAACCCAGAAAACAGGGCAACGGCCACUCAGCUGUUACAGCAUACGUUCAUCAAGUCGGCCAAGCCCAGCUCCAUCCUCAGAGCCAUGAUCACAGACGCCAUGGAGAUCAAACUGAAGAAACAGGAGGAGGCGGAGCAGAGAGAGCUGGACGCAGAAGACGACGACAACUCGGACGAGGACGAGGUGGACCAGGGGACGAUGGUGCGGGCGGGGACAGGAGACUCUGGAACCGUCCGGUCCACUGGCUCAUCAGUGGGUUCACUGGGCAGCACGGCACGCACCAUGAUCGAACACGACGACGGGACCAUGCAGUCCCAGCUGGGAACCAUGGUCAUCAACUCUGAGGAUGAGGAGGACGAAGAUGCUGGAACAAUGAAAAGGAGAGAUGAGACCAUGCAGCCGGUGAAGCCGUCCUUCCUCGAGUACUUUGAGCAGAAAGAGAAGGAGGCCAACAGCCACAACGACGCAGGAGGACGAGGAGACAACAACGCAGACAACCGCAAACUGCCCGGGGAGGGAGAUCUGGAAGUGGUCAGUACCUGGUCGGUGGAGGAGCUCCGGCUCCGACUCGCCUCCCUGGACCCUCAGAUGGAGCAGGAGAUCGAGGAGAUCCGCCAGCGCUACCAGGCCAAGAGGCAGCCCAUCAUGGACGCCAUCGAGGCCAAGAAACGGCGGCAGCAGAACUUCUGAGGAGCCGUCGAGCAAGUCACUGCAGCCACUGGAUGUUUUUCUCUUGGUAACUGGUCGUGAAGCAGGUGGGGGGUGUGGUGACACGACGGGGUGAUCGUUGAACUGAGACUUGAGGACAGGAGAACUUCUACGUCUGAGUUGAAACCCGGUUCUGGUUCCUCUCCCUUUGAGGAGACAGUGGAGAGAUUUAAAUUCAUCGUCAGCUGAUCUGUGAGUUUCUUUCUGCCUCUUCUUGCUCGUCUGAGCUGAUGGUGAAGAUCCCUGAGGAUCUCCAGCGUCUUGUGACUGCAGUUUAUCUGAGGUACGCUUCUUCCUUUCCCCCGGUUCCACUUCCUUUUUGAACAUUGACCCGCUCGACGUCUGGGUUCCUGCUCUGUGGACCUCUACCAGUGGAGUUUCUGCCUUCCCCAUUUUGAAAACCACAAUACUUGAGAAUCAUCAUCUUUAAAACUUUGCUUCUGAAAACAUAUUUUCUGUAUCAGGUACUUUUAUAGGUUAAGUUUUUUUUUUUGUGUAUCUUUUGCCUUAAAACAAAAUGUCAUUGUUUGUAUUUUCUGUUUCCACAUGCAGCUGAACAGCUUCACUUAGAUACAGAUUGACUUUCUCCUCGGUUUAUUGAAAUCAUCUCAUCCAUGUUGAGCUCAACAUCCAGAGCAUGUUGAGUUCUUCUUUUUAUUUCCAUUUAUUGGUGCAGCUGAUGGAGAUUAAUAUGUACUCAUCUCUUCGUGGAUCAAACUGGAUCUCAGUGUUUAUCAACCUGAGAUCAAUCUGAACAGCCUCAAUCUGGAAAACCUACAAACUGGAUUUCAAACACUUGACUGGAACCCGUCCAGUCACAAGUUACAGUUCAAUACAAAGUUUAAUGAGUGGAUUGUAACACAGAAUAAUGUAAAUAGACUUUUUAAAAGACAAAAAGAUUCAAAUAAGUUACUGUUAUUAUUCUCAUACAUUCAUUAUCUGUUCAUACAGUCGUGUGUCCACAGGAGGAGCUAUAGUUCUACUACACAGAUCUACAUAUAAUUACAUUAUAAUUCAAUUUAUUACAUGUUUACACACAACAUGUUAAUUCCAGCAGAUGAUAACAGAUUUGGAUCCAGAUUCAUGGGAGUGGAGACACAGUAUUAAGAUCGAUGCUGUUUCAUUUCAUCCAGAACUCGACAUUCAGACAUGAAUUUAAAUUUCUAAUCUUUGCAUCUCGCUGCAGCCUGGAUUUACUGAACGUUCGUUUAUGCAGCAGAAUGUUGGGAAUCAGAUGAUAACUCUUCCAUUUGGGUUUUUGCUCCAUCAUCUUUCUCCUCUUAAGUAAAAGCCCUGGGCCGACAGAUUUAUGGAACCGAUUCAACAAAGCUUUUAUUUUGUGGGUUUAAUAUUUUGAGUCUGGUGCAGUGGACUCCGUGCUGGCGUCGACCCAGGUCCCGUCUUCUCACAUUCCUCAGAGCAGCUCGGACGUUUCUCAUUGUCCAGAACAGAACAGAAUAAAGGGAUGCUUUAUAUUUUUGUACGUAGGUUUAACGGUUACACAGUCAGAGAACAGAUUAGUUUUGAUCACAGACGUGUGACUCAGAGUCAAAACUUCUCAGGUCACAAACUCCUCAGGGGUGUAAGAUAAUGACGAGAGAUUACUGUAGAUAUUCCGGAGCUGGUGUCUGUUCGCACUCGGCUCUGUUUGUAUAUCGUGUGGAGUUUGAGCAGCUGAAGGUUCGAGACACUUCUCAGCAACUCGUUGCUUUUUAAAUGAAAAAACUCCUCCGCUGGAUUUUUCUGUCUUUUGUGGUUUUGUGUUCCGAGCUCCAGCGAAGUAUCCGGGUCAAUCCAAGAGAUUCAGAGAACAGGUCGUCACAUCAGGAGAGUAAAGUUGAAAAUGAAGAAAUAAAGAUGCAAAUUUGACGCUAAUAAAGUCCUGAUACUAAAGAGGAGUGAUUUUAGGAGAAUAAAAAUUGAUCACAGGCAUUUGUUUUCUUCUUCGUGGCCUUAAUACUCCGCGUAACGAGCAAAGAACAGAGGGGGGGGGGGGGUCUAUUUCCUGCCUCAUCUUGCCAUGUUUUCUGUGCACUGCUGAUUUUGAAGAUAUAAACAUUUAAUUUUAGCUGAAUUUUAAAAAGGUGUUUAGUUUGAUUGUUUAAAGUUUGAAGCAGGAGCUGUUUGGUGCUGACAGUGAACUGUAGGGAGGCAUCAGACAGAAAUGAGUCGUUAUCACUGGAAACUGAAACAGAGGUGAAACUGUUUUCUGCCUUUUUUAUGUUUUUACUCAAAAACACGCUGUUGUUGUAAAUACACGUCUGAACACAUGUGUUAUAAAUGUUCAUUUAACAACUGCAGCAAGAAGAGUUUGAAUCAGUCGAAAUGUUUGAUCUGUGCAAAAACGUUUCUUCACUGAGACACAUCUGGAACACAGCUGGUAUUUGGACCUUUUGGUUCAUUAUUUAAAAUAAGGAGUUUGUUGUGUUUCCAGGUGAAGUGUGAAAUGUUCCUGUUCAGAUCCACUUUGAGCUGCAGUCAGGAGUGGGAGGUUUAUCAGGUUUCUGUUCAGACUCUUGUUUUGCUCGCUCUGUGUUUCUGAUAUUUCUGAAGUUGAUCUGCCUUAAAGAACGAUGCAGUGCAAGUUUGAGUCCACUGAUGUUUGUCUGCUCGGCUAAUAAAGAAAACCUGAGGAAACAUGA